UCUCAGCUGCAAGAGCGUGCAUGUGCUUAACUGCCCCGCGGGCUCGUUUUCCCCAACUCCUGGUACACGUGCCAGCUUCUACGACUGGGGUUGUCGUGCUGUCAGGCAUCCUGGGUGCUUUGGUGCUGGGAAAUGCAGCUUGGCUCGCGUGUUGUCUCCGCAGGCGCAAACCUCCUCCGACUCCGCCCGCGGGCGGCUAUGGCGCCACUGAAGACGUUGAGGUGGACCGCCUUCGGAGGGACCUCGAGACUGAACACACCAGGCGCGUCAAGGCUGAGACCCUGAUUCAUCGGUCGAGCGGCGGCGGGCUACGCCCUGGCGCCUUCCCCGGCGUCCGCGACGUGUACCAGCACGUGGGGCACCUGGCGGACGACGCGCUCGCGUGGACCGAGAAAGCUUUCGCCGUCGGCGGGUCCCGCCAGGCCUGGUACGGGACGACACGGAGUGUCCUGUACAAUACUUUCCUGGUCUGCAGGGAGGAGGUGCAGCGGUGCUUGGACGAGAGACUACAGAACCUGUCGGCGUUCCUGGGCAACGACGAGCCCAUUCUGCUGUCGGCCGGCGACGAGAAGAGCCUGGACACGCAGUACGUGCUGUACGAAUGCCUCUGCAGGAAGUACCGGACGAUCGUGUCGACGGAGCCAGACCGCAUGGAUGAGCUGGCUGGGCUUAUCCUUCAGCGCUGCGGGGAGCCUGCGGACAGGGGCCUCGCCAACGAGAUUAUGUCUGGUGCCACGUGGCCUUCCUUCGAGGCUCUCAUGAAGAACUACUUGCUGGUUUUCGUCGAGAUGACCCUCCAGAAGCCCGGCAUCGACUUCGAGGACAACUUGGGGGAUAAUGUUGCGUUCGACCCGGCGGAACACUGCGACUUGGCCCCAUACUCCAAAGCACCUACAGCGCAACACUGCAGCAUUGUCUUCCCGUCAAUACGUCCUCAAGAGGCCCACCCCCACUCCAACGCCAAGAUCGGUGUUGUGCGUGUCCCCGCCUAGACCUCCUGAAUCUUGCGAUGGGGGGGUACCCAACCGCGGAGCAGAGUCGUGUUGGAGACCAGCUGACCUUGGUUGUCCUGCCGACCUGCGGUAGGAAGGCACGGGUAGUGUGCGCGGGUGGUUUUGCGCCUUUUGCGCAUGCUGCUGUAUUCCCUGUUUGUUUAUUACGGAGGUGAACGUAACACCACAGCUUGAUCCGCCGCAGUGCAGCCGACGAGGCUCACAUCAGAGCAACUGGAAGGAAAGCAGUAUUGUAACUUGUUAUUCAAUAUUUGUUUCAAGACCUGCUUCCGGAAUUUGCUACGAGAUGCGCACACGCUGUUGUUUUUGGUAACCCUCUGAGGGAAUGCUCUUCAAAUCUCUUUGCAGCCUCUUGGUAUUCUGACGUUGGUAUACGAAGGAGCGACGUCUGUGCCAUGGAGGCGUUUUUUGAAGGCAAAGACGUUGUUGCUACAAGCAGCCUUCAAAGGCGUGUAACCUAGGUUAAUACCCGAUGUUUCCAUUGUUGUUUGGAGUCUGAGCGACCUUACGCGUUGUCAUUUCGCUGGCUUGUUACUGGAAAGCGAUAUCUGCGCUUGCUCGCCGGGGCGCCACGAUUUAAGUCCGUUCGUAUCGCUGCAUUUAGCACCAUACGCAGCUGAACCGAGGGCGUGUGCGUUCCCUUCUGGUGAGUCAUCAACGAGGACAUAUUUGCCCUUCUUUUUCUGCCAGGUGUAGUCUACAAAAAAGAGAGAGUGGGGUGACCGUAGUACGAGCUCCCACUACCACGCAAAAGUUGAUUGAUGAAUUGGGUCGGAUCAAGGGAAAGUGGAAUUCGACUACGUGUCUCCUCCGCCUACACAGUUAAUUGCCCGAAAAGACUCGGGGUUUUGGCAUGUGUGUACAUGUAUAUAGAAGGCCGUGUUGUAGUGUAACUUUACGGGUGGCCAACAGACCGGGUUGUAGGGGCACUUUUGCCAACCUGAAUGAGAUUUAUUUUGGCACGAGUUGCAACCUCCCCACCUUGGGUAAUCCUCGCAAUGCAAUGAUGGCCAGGUUGUGCAAGGUUGGUCCACUACCUACAAGCCGAGUAGGGGGCAGGUUGCCGAUGGCAGCACAAGGUGUACCCUUUCUUGCAGGUUGGCUCACUACUUGCAGCAGGCCGAUCAGGGGGCAGGUUGCCGAUAGUAGCGCUAGGUGUACCCUUUCUUGGAGGUUGGUCCACUGCUUGCAAGCCGGUCGCCUAGAUACUUGGGAGUCCUGUGGUAGCGGGUUCAAUCCCCCCUGCCACUUGGGUUUUCACAUGUAUUUCUCCCUUUUUUUCUUUUGAUGCGGGCAUGAAACUCGAUGGAAUAUUUCAACUAGAAUUAUACUCGUACAGCAUCGAAUUUCCCCCGCACCACCAGCGAAGUCCAUCAUGGAGAUGAUACACAAGGUUAGCUCAAAAAUAUCCUCUCCCGACAAUAUAUCUAACCUUUUACGUUUCGCCCCCGAAGCACUGCUCUAAGAACUUACGACGCCCCUUAGGGUUCGUCAAGUAUCAACAAUGAAAAAUAAAAACGGCGAAGAGGAC